AUGGCAUCCGCCAGCGGUGAAGGCAGCAAACCCGUGCUGACGGCCUACGUUAAGGGCGACCCCGCCACCAGCACCCUGGGCGACUGCCCCUUCUGCCACCGCGUCCUCCUGACCCUCCGGGAGAAGGCCAUUCCCCACGACCUCCAGUACAUUGCCUUCGAUAACAAGCCCGACUGGCUGCUGGAUGUCAAUCCGUCAGGCACCGUCCCCGUGAUCAAGCACGGCGACGCCUGGGUGCCCGACAGCGGCGCGAUUGUGGCCUACUUGGAGGAGAAGUUCCCUGAGCCCAGCAUGGUUGCCCCGGCAGAGAUGGCCGAAGUUGGAGGGAGCGUGUUCGGAUCUUUCAGAGCAUUUGCGCUGCCUGGUGACGCCGAUCCGGCAGAGGCUGAGGCCAAGUGGCUGGGGGAGAUGGGAGAUUUGGACAAGGUGCUCAAGGCGACGGAGGGCCCUUUCCUUGGGGGCGAUCGCUUCAACUCGGUGGACGUCAUGCUGCUCCCGCGGCUGUACCACGCCUUCACCGUGCUGAAGCAUUUUAAAGGGUGGGAGCUGCCGGAGGAGUACGGCACCGUGGCGGCGUAUUUUGGUGAGGCCAAGGGGAGGGACAGCUGGAAAGCGACGGAUUACGGGGAGGAGAUGAUACUCAAAGGCUGGGCGCCGAAAUUCGCGUAG